AUGGCUGCCGAUGAUAGGAUACUCAGUUCCAAGUCGCUCAAUACAUGCCAGCCCGACUCCAUGUUCUCCGCCAGUCUCUUCGAGGUCGUGUACACCCCGGGCAACAACAGCGCCUUCGUCAACAUGGUCGCGACCUCUUCCGUCGAAGGCAAGGUCGUCUUCGACUUUUCCCUUUCUGCAUACGGAUUCAAGUUCCUGAACCAGACAAUCGACCCUUGCAAGGUAGAUCCUGGCGCUGUCGAUAGUGGUUUGGCCGGUCUUUGCCCCAUGACUGCCGGCAAGCUUACUUUCGACUUCAACUUGCCCGUCCCUGAUAGUGCACUUGACAUGAUUCCCGGUAUUGCCUUCACCUUCCCCGACCUUGACGCCACGGUAAAGGUCUUUGUCAACUUGACGAGCACUGGUGAGAGCGUGGCCUGCGUCGAGGCCGACAUCUCCAACGGCAAGACUGUCAAUCUAUUGGCCGUCAAGUGGGUUCUCGCCAUCAUCGCUGGUCUGGUCCUCUGCGCGUCUGCCUUGCUCAACGGUCUUGGCUACGCCAAUGCCGCUGCCCACAUCGCGUCUGGUGCUCUGUCGCUUUUCGGCUUCUUCCAGGCUCAGGCCAUGCUGGGCAUGAGCAGCAUCCACUUGCCGCCGAUUGUCCAGUCCUGGACCCAGGACUUCCAGUGGUCUUUGGGUAUCAUCAACGUCGACUUUAUGCAGAUCAUCUUCACUUGGUACCAGCGCGCUACCGGCGGCACACCGGCCACUUUGUUCAACACCUUGACCACCAAGUCUGUCCAGGUUGAGAAGCGCGAUCUUGCCGGAUUGGCUGUCGGUCUUCUGCGUCGCAGCUCUUCUAUGAUGCCCAGGGCUGUCGUCAACAUGCUGAAGCGCGCCAACAUCACGACUGGUUCCGGCAGUUUCCUCGUCUACGGUAUCCAGCGAGUAUCAUUCAGGGCUGGUAUUGAGACGACAAACUUGUUCAUGACAGGCUUGACCUUCUUCUGUCUCCUUGUUGUCUUCACGGCCGGAGGCGUCGCUGCAUUCAAGGGGUACUGCGAGAUGGCGGUCAAGCAGAAGUGGAUGAAGCCUGAUACCUUCUUGGAGUUCCGCAAUGGAUGGCUCACCGUGCUCAAGGGUAUUCUCUUCCGCCUGACCCUCAUCGGGUACCCUCAGAUGACCACCCUCUGCUUGUGGGAGUUUACCCAGCUCGACUCGCCAGCCGAGGUUGUACUGGCUGUUUUCUUCUUUGUCGGCAUGACUGCGACUUUGAGCUGGGCUGCGUGGAAGGUCAUCCGUAUUGCUCGCCGCUCCGUCGCCAUGCACCGCAACCCGGCCUACAUCCUCUUCUCCGACCCGCAGGCCCUCAACAAGUGGGGUUUCCUCUACAUCCAGUUCAGAGCCUCGGCAUACUACUUCAUCCUUCCGGUCCUUGGAUACACAUUCAUCAAGAGUGCCUUUAUCGCGUUUGCUCAGAACAACGGGACCGCUCAGGCGAUUGGGUUCCUCCUCAUCGAAGCAGCAGCGUUGGUCACUGCCAGUGUCAUGCGUCCCUGGAUGGACAAGCCGACCAACUCUUUCAAUAUUGCCAUCUACGCCAUCAACUUUGUCAACUCAAUCUUCCUGCUCAUCUUCUCGGACGUCUUUGACCAGCCGAAGCUGGUGAACGGAGCCAUCGGACUGAUUCUCUUCUUCAUGAACGCCAUCUUUGCUACCGUGCUCCUCAUCAUGGUCAUCGUCACAACCGUCAUGGUCUUCUACCGCAAGAACCCAGACAGCCGUUACCAGUUCAUGGCGGACGACCGUGCCUCGUUCAUGAAGUCGCAGUCCCAGCUCACUGGAACCACUGAGCUCGAUGCCCUUGCGGCAACAGCCCGUGGUGACAAGGCUGGCUACAAGCCUGGCUUGGAUCUCGACGAUGACAACGAGUCGCUCUCCUCGGCUUCGCUCCGUCGUCGCACUGCCGACUCAAACCUGGGGGCCCGCCCGAUGCCUAGUGCCUACAACCACUCCAACUCAUCCUUCAGCCAAGGACAUAGUAUUCAGCCGCCCCGGUCACCCAUCAGCCCCUCGGUGCCAAUGCUCCCGGCGGCCAACGGCCCUAACCGUACGCCGAGCCCAUACGGAGCUCCGCAGAAUGGACCCGCGUUCCGCCAGCAGAACAACGACAGCCCUGCCGGCUAUCGGCCACAGAACAAUGCCAGCCCCUGGCAACGCGGCGCCGGCUAUGACCACUAG